AUGUCAGUUCCAUCCAGGGGACAAAUUAUACUGCUGACAGUUAUGUUGACAGAUUCAUAUGGAUUAUCUACUCUUACUUAUUGUGCUGGUGCUGAUGCAUCCCAGUAUCCUUUUGAAAAGGCUUCAAAGGAACAACAUUCCUCUUAUCCAUUGGAUGGAAAUCAUUUGGACAAAGGUUUUGUUCCUAUUGCUCGUUGGCGACCUAAAUCUACAAAACAUGAUAAUAAAAAACCUGAAUGUCUUUGGAUAAAUCCUAUUGAUUCAUAUUCAACACUAUUUGAAGCUACAAAUUAUGUUGAUUCUGUCAAAAAUGUUUUACCAUGCAACGAAGAUGAGACAGCAAACUUUUCUAAAUAUGAGUACGAAUUAAAUUAUAAUGAAGAACACCUUUUUCGUUGUUAA